CGCUUGGUAAAUAAUGUGGUCGAUCCAGACAGAAUCACUCUCUUAGCCGCACAUCCAUCACUGCCAUCAUGAAAUCCAAGCUGCUCUUCUCCUGCCUCGUUCUUCUGCUGCUGAUCCUACCUGUUCAAUUAGAGAAACAUAAGAAGCAUGAAAAACAUGAAGCCUCCGAACAUGGUCCUUCCCACGGUAAACACGAGAAAAAAAAAGAAAAAAGUCCAGGUAGAAGACGUGGAAGAUAUGAGGAUAUUGUAAAGGACCCGUUCUUUAAGGUCGAAGACGAUCCAAGUGAGGAUGACAGUGAUGAUGCCGAGUGGCUUUAUGAACUCCAAGAACCGUAUGGGCGAUGCAACCCAAAUCCUUGCCUCAACAAUGGUGUAUGUGAGGAAAAGGGGAAAAGAAGGUUCAAAUGUGACUGCCCUAAGCCAUUCAGGGGCAAGAUAUGCGAGAGAGGGAUCAGGAGGUGUAAAAAGGGCAUCUGUGGGCACGGCGAGUGUGUGUUGACCUCAAAACCACCUUUCUUUGAAUGCAAGUGCAAACUACCCUUCUUGGCCCCAGACUGCCAAAAAACCGCUGUGUGUGAGCCUAAUCCGUGUAAGAAUGGAGGCAAGUGCACGAAGGACGGCAUGAACUUCGAGUGCCUCUGCCCCAAAGGCUUUAGCGGACAAUUUUGCCAUGUUGGCCCGGACGACUGCUACAAUGUCGAGGAUGAGGGGGAGUCCUAUCGCGGCAAUGUGUCUGAGACGGAUGAUGGAGACGAAUGUUUGUUCUGGAACUCCCACUUCAUCCUGCAGAAAGGCACUGAUCCCUUCAACGACUUUGAAGAUGAUGAUGGACUGGGGCCACAUAACUACUGCAGAAACCCAGAUGGUGAUAAGAAGCCAUGGUGCUUCAUAAGAAUGGGACAGAAGCUGCUUUGGGAUUUCUGUGACAUCAGGAAGUGUGUUAAGCCCACAGCUGCUCCCGAACCUCCUACUGGUCCCAAGCCUACCACUGGAAUUCCCAAGCCUGUACCAACAAUUGAUGAGCCCAUACUGGUCAUACCUUCAACAGAUGAUCCUGAGUUAACUCCUGGAAUUCCUGUAUCUGAACCUUCAAUUAUCGAGCCAGAAUUAACACCUUUAGCAGAUGCUACUCCUAUGCCACCUGUUGGUCCCCAGCCCACCACAAUUCCCAAGCCUGUACCAACACCAGCCAAACCUGUGGCAGGACCAGUGAAGCCCUCAACCAGACCCCACUCUGAUCAGCAGUUCGCCACCUGUGGGAAAACCCAGCCGAAGAAGGCCAUCACCAGAAUUUACGGAGGCCUGAAAGCAAUUCCAGGGGCCCAGCCCUGGCAGCUGUCCCUGCAGGUCAGACCCCAAGGAUCCAUCCACUCGUACAGACACAUCUGUGGAGCGGUGCUCAUCAGCAGCUGCUGGGCUUUGACUGCUGGACACUGCAUCGAACCAAAACAUCAGAUGCAGGUGGUGGGUGGUGGUUUGUCAUUAGGGAAGGAUGAACCCACGGAGCAGACGAUCGAUGUGGAGAAAGCCAUAAGACACGAGAACUACAGAGAAACGCCCGCUGCAGUUUACAAUGACAUAGCGCUGCUGAAGCUAAAAGGCGCGAACGGCCGCUGUGCCAACGAGAGCCAGUUUGUGAGGGUAGCCUGCUUGCCUGAUGGUGUGUUCCCUGAUGGGACUGAGUGCACCAUCUCAGGAUGGGGAGCCACUGAGCACUCGUUAUAUGGCUCCAGUAACCUGCUGGAUGCCCAGGUGAUGCUGAUCAACCAGGAGAGCUGCUCCGAUGCUGAAGUCUAUGGGACCGUCUUGGACACCUCCAUGUUUUGUGCCGGUCACAUGCAGGGAGGAGUGGAUUCCUGCCAGGGUGAUUCUGGAGGGCCACUGACUUGCAACAAACAGGGCACCCAUGUCCUCUACGGCAUUGUGAGCUGGGGAGAUCAGUGCGGGAGACAGAACAAGCCCGGGGUCUACACACGAGUCUCCCACUUCAAUAACUGGAUCAAGUCAAAGAUACAAGCUGCGUAGCUGGCAUGUGAAUACAAACAAGUGCAGGCAUUAACAUAUUUGUCAGUGGCUGUAGAUCUAACUAUUCUGACUUGUUUUUCUAACCUGGGCUGAAGAUCCCCAAAUCUAUGGAUAUCUGUUCAUUCUCUCUAAAAUAAAAUCUGUCUCUGUUGAUAUUUUCA